GGGCGACCUCACUCAAAUACAGAGUACAAGCAAGUGGGAGAAGCACAGUGUUAUGGUUAAUGGAGCGGUUAUAUAGGGCAUUAGCGUAGCUACAUUUAUUGUGCGCGCGCAAAUUGCCUUAUUUUCUGAAAUAAUAGUAUUCGAGGUUGAAUUGACAUUUUCAGCGCCUGAAUAUCAGAUAAAAAAUUAAUUAUUCUUUUUUGCCUUUUUUUCCUGGAAUUAUUCUGGUCGGACGCCUUCCAGUACAACAUACCAACGUCUCAGCCUUGCGACGGAGUUAGGGAUCGGGAUCUGAUUAGUUAGGUAGCUAACUAGACCGUUAUCUACGAUAGCCUCUGCUGUUCAUAAUCUGGAUCUAAUUUUCUUUCACUAACUGCCGAUCACAGGACUUACUUAUUGCAGCUAACCGUGGGAUUUUUUAAUAGACGUCUUAGCUAAUAUGUUGCUGUCCAAGUUUGGUUCGUUCUCUCACAUUUGCAGUCCGACCAGCAUGGAUCACUUGCCGGUGAAAUUACAGCUUCAACCAGUUAAAGUGGAGAGGGAGCCGUUUGAUAAGGUCUACCAGGUGGGAUCCGCACUUGGAAGCGGAGGAUUUGGGACCGUCUACUCCGGCUGUCGGAUUUCUGACGCCUUGCCGGUCGCCAUUAAGCAUGUAGCGAAGGAGAGAGUCACAGAGUGGGGCUCGAUUAAUGGUGCGACGGUGCCUUUGGAGAUCCUUUUGAUGAAGAAAGUGGGCUCCAAUUUUCGUGGAGUUAUAAAGCUACUGGACUGGUAUGAGAGACCGGACGGUUGGCUGAUCGUAAUGGAAAGACCGGAGCUGGUCAAGGAUUUAUUUGACUUUAUUACCGAGAAGGGUGCCUUGGACGAAGAGACGGCGAGGGGGUUUUUCCGACAGGUCCUGGAAGCCGUCCGACACUGCUACAACUGCGGGGUGGUGCACAGAGACAUCAAAGACGAAAAUCUACUGGUGGACCUGCGCACCGGAGACCUCAAGCUUAUUGACUUUGGUUCGGGGGCGAUUCUCAAGGACACUGUAUACACCGAUUUCGACGGUACAAGAGUGUACAGUCCUCCAGAGUGGAUCCGCUACCAUAGAUACCACGGGCGCUCUGCGACGGUGUGGUCGCUAGGCGUGCUGCUGUAUGACAUGGUCUGCGGAGACAUCCCUUUCGAGCAGGACGAGGAGAUCCUCCGGGGGCGGCUGUACUUCAGGAGGAUAGUGUCUGCCGAGUGCCAGCUAUUGAUCAAGUGGUGCCUCUCCCUGAGGCCUUCGGACCGGCCCACGCUGGAGCAGAUCUUCGACCACCCGUGGAUGCGCGUGGCCGGCGACGCCAAGAGCGAGAGCUGCAAGAUCCGUCUGCGGACCAUCGAGGCCGAGGCGUCCAGCACGACCUCCAGCAAGGAGAGCCUCUGAGGCCCCGAGGGCUGGAGGCGGAAGUGGGCGGGGUGUGGUCGGGAAAGGGGAGGGGCCUCGACUCUGGGCCUCCUGUCCCACCCAGCAGGGCUGCCAGAACUUUCCCCUUUUGUAGGGAAAUUAAUUUAUUUUAUUUUAUUUUAUUUUAUUUUAUUUUAUUUUUCUUUUCUUUUCUUUUAAAUUAUUGUUUCCUCAUGGGGAACACUUCCUGUUUGGGUGGUUUUACUAGCACUUCUAUUUAUUAAAUUAUAAUUAAAAAUUUUUUUUUUUUUUUUGAAAGUGCUACGAGGCUGGUUUUUGAAUCUGGCGACCCUCCUAUUCAGACAUGCUGGCUGCUCUCAUAGAGCUCGGACGAUUUCAUUUUAAACGUUACCGUUUUUGAUUUCGAGUGCCUUUUCGAAAGCUGCUUCUGUGGGGCUUUCAUCCUUUCGUUUACCCAGUGCACGGUCGUCAGGCUGCAGUUGGGUUAGGGGCGGGGAGUCGCCUUACCCACCGCGCGCGGUUUACGGGCUGCCGCUGGGCCAUGUGACUGGGGGAGGCGGGGUCCCGCUCGCUGAAGAGCGGAAUACUUGAAGCGCACGCCCACUCACACCGCGUACUUCUCUCUGCUGCUGCUCACUCCCACUUCAGCUCAACUGAAGUGAUCCAAAUGGGCUCCUGGUUUGGUUUUUUCUAACUGAAUGAAUACUGAGAGGGUGACUCCUCCACCCGUCACACCCACAGACACACACGCACACACACGCACCCACAGACACUCACACAUGUGUUUUUUCCAACUCACUGCUGACACAGCUCAUAUGAGGCCCUAGGUCUGCUCGGCCUUGGGUGUGAAAUGCACAAUCAAUGCAAUAUUCAUGGACUCAAUUAUGUAUUUUUAAAUUACAAAUAUUGUAUAUUGUACAUUUUUUUUCCCAUGUAUUAUUUAUUUUUGUUUAGACAUUCCACACUCUGUGGGUAUUUAUUUAUUUAUUUUCAUAUCUGCUUAAGGAAGAAUUAAUUCUUAGAACUACAUUCUUCACAAGGCUGUUUGCAUUCCUGUUUUUAUUUUUAUUUUGAAAAAAACUAAUAGUGAAUCUGCUGAUGUCUUUUGGAGGGAAAAAAAAGAAAUGCAUAAGGUUUACUUUAAUUGGAAAGCAAUGAAUGUUAAUUAAUUUCAUUCUCUAAUCUAAGGUGGAGUCACCUCAGAUGGCUGUAUCUGAAAUGUAAAGUAAUGCUGUUUGGGUAAAGAGAUUUUGGAUUAUUGUAUAUGUAUGUUUCCAUUCAUUCAAUACUUGACAGGAAUAUAUAAUUUUUGGAGGAAAUUGUAUGCUAGUAAUAGUUGCAUUGCAGCCUGCUAUUGGAGAUGUAAUUCUUUCCUUUUUUCAAUUUAGCCGUGUGAAAUACAAUGAUGGAGAGCCUAUUUUUUUAUACAGAAAUUUUAAUUAAACCUUUUUUGUAUAGAA